AUGGCUAAAAAACCAGGUUAUCAAAAUAGAAGUACCCAAAGCGGUAGUAAUGAACUAAAAGGUCGUUUGCUUUUCGUAUUAGGUGCAUUGAUCGUUUUCCGUAUUGGUUCUUUCAUCCCGGUUCCUGGUAUUGAUGCAGCCGUAUUAGCCCAAUUGAUUGAGCAGCAAAAAGGCACCAUCAUUGACAUGUUUAAUAUGUUUUCUGGUGGUGCUUUAAGUCGAGCAUCUAUUUUUGCAUUGGGAAUCAUGCCGUAUAUUUCGGCAUCGAUUAUUAUCCAGCUCUUGGCAACAGUCUCUCCUACAUUGGGUGAAUUGCGUAAAGAAGGUGAGAGCGGACGUCGCAAAAUUAGUAAAUAUACUCGUUAUGCGACUUUAGGUCUUGCUACUUUGCAGGCAAUCGGGAUUUCAACAGGUUUACCUAAUAUGCUUCCUGGGUUAGUUCCUAACUUAGGAUUCGGUUUUUACUUCACUGCUGUGGUUAGCUUAGUCACAGGCACCAUGUUUUUAAUGUGGUUAGGUGAACAAAUUACCGAACGUGGCAUUGGUAACGGAAUUUCCCUAAUCAUCUUUGCUGGUAUUGUGGCUGGAUUGCCAUCUGCUAUUGGUCAAACAAUUGAGCAGGCGCGUCAAGGGCAAAUGCAUCCUCUGGUUCUUUUGUUAAUUGCUGCGGUUGUUUUUGCGGUGACUUAUUUUGUUGUCUUCGUGGAGCGGGGACAAAGACGUAUUAAAGUUGAAUAUGCUAAACGUCAGCAAGGUCGACAAAUUUUAGCGGCGGGUAUUGCUGAAGAUGUGAAGAUCAGCGAAUUGUCUGAAGAGCAGAUUGAUAAACUGCGUGACGAAGUUGGUAAAUUUACCGUUGAAGGUGACUUACGUCGUGAAGUAACACUUAACAUCAAACGUCUUUUGGACUUAGAUGGCGUAGCGCAUAUUCACGCCUCUUUCAAUAAUACAAUCGUGACUAUUACUGACCGUCAAGGUAAUGCUUUAGCUUGGGCUACAGCUGGCGGUUCGGGUUUCCGUGGUUCUCGUAAAUCAACCCCAUUUGCUGCGCAGGGUCCGGGUCCGGGUCGUGAAUCGACUAUUCGAGCAUUAAAUGCAGCGGGUUUCCGCAUUACGAAUAUUACAGAUGUGACUCCGAUUCCUCAUAACGGUUGUCGUCCACCGAAAAAACGUCGUGUUUAA